GCAUGUGCAGUUUGUGCAGCUAUCACGUGUGUUUGUUGCAGUUUUUUCAUAAUCUUCCGAAAAAUCGUGAAUUUCUUUGAAUAUAAUCUUUUUUACACAUAAGAAUGAAUUUUUCCGUGUAUUAUUAAUAAAUUCACGAAAUUAAUUAUUAUGUUUUUAUAAAUUUAGUAUUAAAUUAAAGUGUAUAUUUAUUUGUAAAUAGAUUUUAUAUAUUAAGAUGCAUUUUCUACAGCAAUUGAAAGUAACAACAAUCGUAUUACGUGCAAUUCAGAAGCAGGAAAUAAAUAUCAUUAUUCAUAGAAGACAAGUUGAUAAUAAUUUCAUUUGUAAUAUAAUAAAUAGAACAUUUACCAAAUCAAAUUUUAUUCAUGGAGAACAUAAUAUUCCUUUGCCAUUGCGAAAUAAAAAGUCAAAAUCAUCGAGAAAUAUUGAAAACCACUUUGUUGAUAUCAAACAGGUGAAAGUCGAAGGCGGUUUUGGAGGCGAUGGAAUUAUAUCAUUUUUACAAUUAUUCGGCAACGAUAAAGCAGGACCGUCUGGUGGUGAUGGAGGUAACGGUGGGCACGUUAUUUUCGAAGUAUCGGCAGACGUAAAAGACCUCCGUCAAAUAAAAAGUGUUAAUAAAGCUCCAAGUGGACAACGAGGAAUGGGAAAAGACUGUUUUGGCAAAAAUGGAGAACAUUUGGUGCUGAAAAUACCAGUUGGUACUAUAGUUCGAAAUUUAGAGGGGAAAAUAGUUGCCGAUUUAGAUACAGAAGGAAUGAAAUUCAUUGCUGCGAGAGGCGGUGCCGGUGGUCAUGGCAAUCCAUAUUUUAAAUCUCAAUUAAAUCAAACACCAAUGAUUUGCGAAUGUGGUGCUGAAGGCGAGAAAAAUCAAUAUUUAUUGGAAAUCAAAAGCAUGGCUCAUUUGGGAUUGAUAGGACUUCCAAAUGCUGGAAAAAGUACAUUACUAAGAGCAAUAUCAAGAGCACGACCAAAAGUUGCAUCCUAUCCGUUUACGACGUUGAGGCCAUACGUUGGAAUAAUUCAGUAUGACGAUUAUGAACAAGUUGCUGUUGCAGAUUUGCCGGGUUUAAUUCCGGAUUCACAUAAAAAUAAAGGUUUAGGUGUAACUUUUUUAAAACACGCCGAACGUUGUAAAGCAUUAUUAUUUAUUAUUGACAUGUCAUUAAACGAGCCCUGGACACAUUUAGAUAUUCUCAAGUACGAAAUUAGUCAAUUCAAUCCACAAUUAAUUAAUCGUCCUAUGAUUGUCAUAGCAAAUAAAAUGGAUUUAUCGGCUGCAAAGGAAAAUUUGAAAUUAUUCAAGGAAAAAGUUAAUCUAUCUAUAAUGCCAAUAUCGGCAAAACAUGGAACAAACAUUACCUCGCUAUUGAAAGAUUUACGAAUAAUGUACGAUGAACUAAGUAAAGAAGACACAGAAAAAUUAAGUAUGUAAUAAAAGGUUUUUUAUUUUAAUAAAA